CGCGCUCCGGGGCCGGGAAACUCCGGCCCAGUCAUUCGGGGCGCGGGGGGAGAAGCCCCAAAAGCGCGUCCGUUCCGGUAAGGAAAGAGUCAAUGGCCGCGGCUCGCACACGCCACUUCCCCGAGCGGGGCUGACUCAUCCCGGGCUCGGUCCCGCUCCGCGACACCCGCGCUCCGCUCCGGCCGCCCCGGAGCAUCGCCCGAGCCUCCGCCGGUCCCGUCCCGAACCCACGGGCAGCGAUUUCCCCCCAUGGAGAAGAACCAAGAGGCGCAAGGAGACCCCCGGGACCCCCCCAGUCCCGCCCAGCCCGCCGACGCGCCGGGGGCCGGGGAUGGCGCCGAGAGGGACAGAGCGGUGGGAGAAGGUGGGGACAAGGACAAGGAGGAGAAGGACGAGGACAAGGAGAAGGAGGAGGAGGAGGCUUUCCUCGUCAGCCUCUACAAGUUCAUGAAGGAGCGGCACACGCCCAUCGAGAGGAUCCCGCACCUCGGCUUCAAGCAGAUUAACCUCUGGAAGAUCUACAAGGCCGUGGAAAAGCUGGGAGCCUACGAGCUGGUGACGGGCCGCCGGCUUUGGAAGAACGUCUACGACGAGCUCGGGGGCAGCCCCGGCAGCACCAGCGCUGCCACCUGCACCCGCCGCCACUACGAGAGGCUCGUCCUUCCCUACGUGCGGCACCUCAAGGGCGAGGAGGACAAACCGCUGCCCCCCAGCAAACCCCGGCGCCAGUACAAGGUCUCCAAGGACGACAAGAGCAAGAGGGCCAGGAAGGAGAAGGGCCGCGAGCAGGUGGCUCCGGACAAGGCGCGGCCGGAGGGACAGACGGACGCGGAGCGGGGCCGGGGCACAGACGGACGCUCCAGCCCGGCCAUCCCGGCCGUGCCGGCCCCCAGCCCCUCGGGGAGGUGCCCCAGCCCCUGCAGGAGCCACAGCGAGACCUACGAGCGCCUCUUCUCCAGCUUCUACUCCAAAGGGAACCACCCCAUCAUGUCCCCGCUGGCCAAGAAGAAGCUGCUGGCGCAGGUGAGCAAGGCCGAGUCCUUGCCCUGCCCCAAGCGCCACUGUCCCGAGGGCCGCCGGGCACCGAGCGACAGCGGCCCCGAGCCCCCCGGGCCCGCGCCGGCCGAGCAGAGGAGCGCGGAGCCCUGGGCAGCUCCGGAGCGAGCUCCGAGCGAGGCGGGCCCGGCCCGCAGCGCAUCCCCGGCGGGCAGGGACAGCCAGGGCUGCCCGCAGGACGCGGCCCCCGCCGUGUUCACCGGCUACUUCCACGCGUACCGCAGCGAGGGCCCGCAGCCCGGCGGCUGCGCCCCGCUCUGGGGCUACUUCUCCCGCCUGAAGGAUUUUCUGGAGCCGCCCUCCGCCCUCCCGGCGCGGCCCGAGGAGCCCGAGCAGCCCGCGGAGCUGCGGCCGUGGCAGGGCCGGGCCGCCGCCGUCCAGGCCUGCUGGGUUCCCCCCGGGGCCGCCCUCGGGCCCGCCGCGCCCCGGGCCGGCCGCGAGGAGGAGGAGGAGGAGGGAGAUGAUGACGAUGAUGAGGAUGAAGAGGAGGACGAGGAGCCCUUGGGCCGCGCCGUGUCCCCCUCGGGCAGGGCCGGGCGGAGCCGCUCGCCGGGCGCUCCCCGAGCGCUGGCCAAGCCCAAGGCCGUGGCGGCCGCCCCGGCGUUCCCCGCGCCGCCUCCGCCGCCGGACGCUUUCACGGGAGCCGCGCUGCGCUUCCCGGGCGGCUUCGGGAGCGCGCAGGGCGUGCCCGCGGCCCCGGCGCUGUCCGUGGGCCCCGUGGUGAUCCCGGCCUUCCCCAGCCCUCUGGUGGUGCCCUCCGAGCUGUGCCGCCCGCUGCCCGGUGCCCGCCUGCCCGCGGCCUACGGCAGCUCGGCCCGGCUCUACGCGGCGGCUCCGUGGCACGGGCAGCGCUCCCCACACGUCCCGGCCUUCCCGCACCACGGCCGGCCCUAGCGCUGUGCCGGGGACAGCCAGGGGACAGCGAGGGGAUAAUCCGGGCCGGGCCGUUCUCAUUGCCCAGCUCAGAGCUGGGGGCGCCCCACGGUUCUCUCUGUUUUCUAUAUAUCCACACACAAAUCUAUAAAAAAGGGAGCAAAAGCGGUGCUGGAGGUGUCUGUUCCCAUCCCUGGCCCCCACAGCCGGGUUUGGGUCACUCCGCCAGGGGUGCAAAGGGAACAAACGUGCCCGGCAGAGUUUGGGGUGUCCUGGGCAGGGCUGGGGGGGAUCCUCUCCCUGAGCCCAGAGCUGUGGGGCUGAGAACUCCUCUGUGGGCAGGGAAGGAGCAGCUUGCCCACCUCAGCUUUGGGGGAAUGGCAGCAAUUCCAUGGAGCAGCCACGAGUCCAGCUGGGAACAACCCAGCAACAGCUCCGGGUCCUUUGUGCCUCCCAAGUCCUUUUUGCUUUGGGUCCUUUUUGCCUCCAGGUCCCUUUUUUGCCUC